AGGCGAAGCUUAAACAUGUGGCUCUUGCGCGGCACGUUCGUCUGUGGCCUCCUGGCCUUGGCAAGUUCAUUCGGGGACGAGGCCAUCUUCGAGGACGAGGACAUCUACAACCAGGCGCUGCCCCCAGUGCCGCAAACGGGCAUCACGGUGCCCGGGACCAAGUGGUGCGGACCGGGCAACACGGCGGCCAACUACGAGGACCUGGGUUGGGAGCGCGAGACGGACAAGUGCUGUCGGGCCCACGACCAUUGCGACGAGAUCAUAGAGUCGUUAGCUGCCCUCCACGGACUGCCCACCAACAUGGACUGGUUCCCCAUUCUCAAGUGCAGCUGCGAACAGGAGUUCAUCAACUGCCUGCAGGCGGUGAACAGCUUGACCUCCAACACGCUGGGAAGGAUCUACUACGGCAGCCGGAGCAGGUGCUUCGCCAACGGACACCCCACCGCCCAGUGCAAGCAGUACCAGGAGGGCACGUUCCGCAAGCGCUGCAUCCGCUAUCAGGUGGACAAGACUAAGGCCAAGGUCUGGCAGUUCUACGACAUGCCGUUCUUCACGAUCCCCGCCUCGAGUGGCUGACCCCAAAAUGUAGAUUUGUAGGCAAAGCAAAAAUCUGAAUUGACUGAUGAACAUGGCUCGACGUUUACAAGUACUUGUUGCAUACUUACAUAUUUAAAUUUUCUUUUAUUUUAUUGUAAGAUAUAGUGUCUCGGAGGUUUAUGUCAGAUAUUUGCACUAUAUGUAUACGUAUAUAGCCUCAGAAAAAGUAUACAAGUAAAAUGUAAUAUUUGUGUUUUUUAUCUGUUUUUAAAAACAUUAUAAAAUUAUGUGUAUGUAGGCAUUUGGUUUCAUGUCCAAGUUAGGAAUACGAAAAAAGAAUGAUUAUGAUUUACUUGUAGAAUUGUAAUGUACUAAUAAUAUAAUGUUGAAAACUUUCAAGAAUUUUUUUCCGCAACAAAUAUUUUCAGAGCCGGUGCCCAUUAAAACUUUAACACUUCUGCACCGAUCGUUUUAAAAUUGUAAACACUAACUACAGAUGUUAUUUUCCAAAAGGUAAACAAUUAAAAUUUCGAGUAAAAGAAAUGCCUGGGCAAAAGAA